UGCUUCAAAGUGUUUAUAUCAAAAAUCCUUUGAAAAGCGAACAUAUUAUAAAACCAAAAAAUCUAUAAACAGAAAAAAUAGAAAAUCCUUUCGUAAUAAUUUCCUCAGAUUUCAUUACGGUCUUUACAUUAAAAAAAAAAUCACUAUGGUUAAGCUUUUGCACAACAUUGUCUUUGCUUGUUUUGUCCUACUAAUUGCCGCCAUUAAUAACAUUAAUGCCCGGCCGGAGACCACUGAAGCCUAUCAGAGUUGGGAUAACGUCGACUUUGACAUGGACGAUCUUCGUAAAGGCUAUUAUGAUGUUCCUUUGGAUCGUUUGCAAUUGCUAGCGGCACAGUACAGACCCAUGUCGUACUGGCGCGUACCUUCAUAUGAUGUUAUGAAUGAAUUGUUGCGUUUACCUAAAACCAAACGUGAAGCCAAAUACAAGCAAUGCUACUUUAACCCAAUCUCCUGCUUCAGAAAGUAAAUUGGUUUAUAAUUCGAACAAAAAACAAAAAAAUGCAUUUCUCUAGUCACAAU